UCGCGCGAGCCGAAGGCUGCAAGACCUACGUUGCGCCCCUCCCGGCGCUGCUGUUUUGGGUUUGUGCUGCUUGCUGUGGUCUCCGUGGUCUUCCCUGGGAUCCCUGCACACACUCUUCCGGCAUGUCUCAGGCUGAGUUUGACAAAGCUGCUGAGGAGGUUAAGAACCUCAAGACCAAGCCAACAGAUGAAGAGAUGCUUUUUAUCUACAGUCGCUUCAAGCAAGCAACUGUGGGCGACAUAAAUACAGAACGGCCUGGGAUGUUGGACUUCAAAGGCAAGGCCAAGUGGGAUGCCUGGAACGAGCUGAAAGGGACUUCCAAGGAAAGUGCCAUGAAAGCAUAUAUUGAAAAAGUUGAAGAGCUAAAAGGCAAAUAUGGAAUAUAAAGACUGAAUUUUGGCUGACAGCCAUACAUUUCAUCUCGACUUUUAUAAUGCCUUGUUUUUCUAAUACUGAAGAUGAAGUGAAAUAAUGAAAAUAACGGUUAACCAGCUGCAUCAGACUCUGCAGAUUAGGGACUGAAGCAGAUUACUGGUCUUUAAAAAAUAGUUUUUAUCUGUAGAUCGAAUAAAAGUACAUUUGCUACUUA